UCUAUUGCAUGUGUUUUCGUUGGGCUCGUUAGUAUUGCCUUAUGUUUUCUUGUUAUGAAAGCAAGGCGUAAUGCUGCUGCGAAUAAACAAAAUAAGAGUGCGUUUUCUUCUCUACUGAUGAGCGAAAACCAAAAUCACAGUGUUAAUUUUGCUGAAGCUGGAUCAGUUGAAAUGGAAAUGGGUUCAGUAGGAUCUCUACAAUUUGAUCUGGGCACCAUUGAAGCAGCCACCAAGAAUUUCUUUGUUGAAAACAAGAUUGGUGAAGGUGGGUUUGGUCCCGUUUAUAAGGGUGUUCUAGUCAACGGAGUGGAGGUCGCCGUAAAGAGACUAUCAAAAUCAUCUGGACAAGGCUCACAGGAGUUUGUAAAUGAAGUCAUUUUGAUGGCGAAGCUUCAACAUAGGAAUCUCGUGAGGCUUUUAGGGUUUUGCCUUGACGCAGACGAAAAACUACUCAUCUAUGAAUACGUAUCCCACAAAAGUCUUGACUACUUUCUCUUUGAUCCAAAUAGACAUGGGCACUUAGAUUGGCCGAGACGCUACAAAAUCAUUGGAGGGGUUACUAGAGGAAUGGUUUAUUUACAUGAAGAUUCGCGGCUAAGAAUCAUCCAUCGUGAUCUAAAAGCUAGCAAUAUCUUGCUCGAUUUGGAUAUGAACGCUAAGAUUUCUGAUUUUGGUCUUGCAAGGAUUGUUGGAGCGGAUCAAAUUCAAGCAAACACCAAAAGAAUUGUCGGAACAUACGGUUACAUGUCCCCUGAGUAUGCGCUGCAUGGACAUUUUUCCGUGAAAUCGGAUGUGUUUGCAUUUGGCGUAGUUGUUCUGGAGAUCAUCAUGGGGAAGAAAAUUUUGACAUCCUAUAAACCUAAUUUUACUGCUUGGAGAAAAUGGAUAGAAGGAACAGCAAUGGAGCUUUUGGAUCCAACAUUGGUUGAAACUUGCUGUAAAGAUGAAGUCAUGAGAUGCAUCAAUAUUGGAUUACUAUGUGUGCAAGAAGAUGUGGAUGCUAGGCCUUAUAUGGCUAAUGUUUUGAACCUUCUCAACAAUCAUUCCAUCAUUCUUCCAUCUCCCACAACACCUCCUCAUUAUCUUCCGAAAACGCCCGUUUUAUCAAGCCACACGUCCGUUUCUAGAUCAACAGACGAAUCGUUUAUCACUGAAAUAUAUCCACGGUGAUAAACCAAACAAACCCAGUAUAUAUCU